ACCCCAGAACCUUUACCGUUCACUGGAGAAAAUGCAGGCCUGAAUCUGACAACAAUCAGGCGCUGAAAUGCUCGAUUUGAAAAACACACGCGCACACAUUUGCCCGGGGUAUUUGACUGUUUGCAAUCGAAAAUUAUUAUGCCCCAUCAGAAGUGUUUGCGACGAUUCCUUUCCAGUAAUUUACCUGCAUGCGUAUUGAGUAGUUUGAUCACAUAAAGACAGCGGGGCACGUUUAGAUACAAGUGCGUUGCUUAGAAAAUGACACUUGGUGCUGACGCGAUCUGCGUGCUCUGAAGUCUGUCUGCACAGGCUGUUUCCUUAGUUUUGCUUGGCACGAUAGGUAAUCUAUGCUAUCCUGUAUGAAUAGAAAUUUAGUUUUGACUUUGGUUAGAUGAGUCUGAAACCACACACCGAGGCUAUCUGCUUUUACUUUGUUUAGAAUUGGAUGGGAGUGCAUCUCAUAACGCAACAAAUAAUUUGGGGAAACAGAAAACACUUGCUGUCGCCUGUCAUGUCCAAAGAGGGCUCUGAGUUGAGUAGGUAAUAAGGACCACAUGAGAACACAGUGGAUUUGGGGAGGCUGGAAGGGGGGCGUGGUUCCAACUAACCCAUGUUUUUGCUUCUUUGCUAAGUGGGAACAAGGACAUGACCAUACUUUUCAAGUUUCACUGGGUGCUUCCAACGUGUGCAUGACCUGUUCUGGUACAUUGUUGGCUAUAGUAUGGCUGUUGCUCUUGCAAUCUUUUUCUUUUGUGUACAAAGUCAAAGAAUAGCGGUCAUCAUAUGUAAGCGCAUCAUCAAGACGAAUCAGGCUUUUGACUGUCAGAUGAUUUUGAUGUUUGAAACAAAGAGCAUAUUCUUUUCUUACCACACCAUUUUGUAAGACUCCAAAAGUCGCAUAUGAAUUGGCAAUGGUGUGUACUGAUGGGAACAUUGCCCGCCACCUUAGUUUUUUAAAAGAACGCAAUUCUGCUCUCACCUGCCUGUUAUAUUUAUAGCAUACCCGUGCUGAUUGGUUGGAGUGGGUGAUUGGUAGGUUUGGUGAAAUUUUUCAAUUUAGUUGUAACUUUCAAAUUUUCUUUUCCAUAUAUAGACAAAAGGAAAUAAAGCAGGAAUGAGCCAAUAUGCAGUUGGUUUGAUUCUUUAUACAGCGCGUAAUCAUUAUCAAACCAAAUUUCCAAGACUUAGUCUCAGCUGACCAUUGCAUGGCCUUGUAAUGAAAAUUAGCGCCCUCCUUUUGGUUAUCCUGUUUUUAAGAGGGAAAAAAAGACUUAGCUGCCGCUAAUUUGCCUGCAUCGUGAGAGAGCACAAAUAGCCUUUUCACGUUGUGUACAUCUUUGUCAAGAUUCAAGUAAGGCCGCCCUAAAAAGAAAGAUUCAAAUUAGGCCAUAGCUGAUAGCUACUUCUAUCUACUUCUAUCGAGGUCGUGCGUUUACUGCACAAUUAAUUGGGUGGGAAGUUGAAAAGGAUCUGACAGAGGCAUCACGAGCUUUCACACCUCCUGAAAGCUACAGUAGGAAUAACAAAUUUGGAACGAGUAACCUAGCUCUAGUUGAAUUCCACUGUAUUUAUAUCACCUUAAGUCCUUAAUUGUCACACAAAAGCCUCAAACACAAAGUUGAAUAGCAAGCAACCAUGGGCGGUGGUAGCAAGAGGCAUGGCCUCUUUGGAAUUGUGAGUUCCAGAUACAUGCUCAUCACCAGUUGUCUCAUCUAUGCUGUUCAUGUCCUUCCUAUGUGCAUAGCUCAGCCUUCUGAUGAGCAAGCACUGCUUGCAUUCAAGGCCAGCAUCUCUGGUGAUCCGAAUGGAGUGCUUGCCGCAUGGACACCCACCAAUGGCAGGGUGAAUGCCACAGAUAGUAUAUGCCGGUGGAGCGGUGUGUUAUGCCGCUCCCAACGGCACCCUGGCCGUGUCACGGCAUUGGAGCUCAUGUCAUCUAACCUGACGGGUCUGAUCAGCCCAAGCCUGUCCAACCUCUCCUUCCUCCACACACUCAACCUCUCUAGCAACCGCCUCUCUGGCAGCAUCCCCUCGGAGCUUGGCCUUCUGCGGCGCCUCCAAGUCAUCAGCCUAGGAGGGAAUUUCCUCACUGGUGAGAUACCAACAUCUCUCACCAACUGUGCCCGUCUCACCCAUUUGGAGUUGCAACGGAAUGGGUUGCAUGGUGAGAUCCCAGUGAACUUGAGCUGCUGCAGGGAGCUCCGGGUUUUCAACGUCAGUGUGAACACCUUGUCGGGUGGUAUUCCUUUAUCACUUGGUUCACUGUCAAAGCUUGAGUUCUUUGGGCUUCAUCGUUGCAACCUCACUGGUGGCAUUCCUCCAUCGUUGGGUAACCUUUCAUCACUCCUGGCAUUUGACGCCAGUGAGAAUUUAAAUUUGGGCGGUGAGAUACCAGAUGUGCUAGUGAGACUAACCAAGCUGAACUUUCUGAGGCUAGCUUCUGCUGGCCUUGGAGGAAAAAUCUCAGCCUCUCUGUUUAACAUAUCAUCCCUUAGGGUACUUGACUUGGGAAACAAUGAUCUAUCUGGUGUGCUGCCUGAUGACAUUGGUUCCACUCUACCACGAAUUGAAUUCCUUUCUUUGUACAACUGUGGGCUCAAAGGGCGCAUCCCCGCAUCAAUAGGCAACAUGACAGGACUCUAUCUGAUCCAGCUUCACAUGAACAGACUGCAGGGUAGUGUGCCACCUGACAUUGGCAGGCUCAAGGAUCUUAAGGUGCUGAACCUGGAGUCUAACCAGCUUGAGGACAAAUGGGACAGGGACUGGCCUCUGAUACAAGCACUAGGGAAUUGCAGUAGGCUGUUUGGGCUGAGCCUUUCUAGUAACAGGUUUCAAGGUGUGCUUCCCCCUUCUCUUCUCAACCUCACCAUUGGCAUACAACAAAUCUUAAUGAAUGGAAACAGGAUAAGUGGUUUGAUGCCCCAAGAGAUUGGUAAAUUCAGCAACCUUCGUGUUCUUGCGCUUGCUGACAAUGCCUUGACUGGUACCAUUCCAGACACCAUUGGUGGUCUUCGCAACAUGACUGGGCUAGAUGUGUCUGGCAAUAACUUAUCUGGUGAGAUCGCACCUAUGCUUGUUGCAAACCUUACUCAGCUUGCUUUCCUGGAUCUGUCACAGAACGAAUUGCAUGGAAGCAUACCCGAGAGCUUUGGAACUAUGAGAAAUAUUGCGAUCCUAGACUUGUCGUACAAUCAGUUUAGUGGCAUGAUACCAAAACAGGUUCUCAGUCUCUCCUCUCUAACCCUGUUCCUUAAUCUGUCUCACAACAUCUUCUCAGGUCCAAUACCUUCAGAAGUAGGUAGAUUGACCAGCCUUGGGAUUUUGGACUUGUCGAACAAUAGGCUCUCAGGAGAGAUACCACAGGCGCUCUCGCAAUGCCAAGCGAUGGAGUACUUAUUUCUGCAGGGAAACCAGCUUGUUGGUAUGAUCCCCCAAUCACUCAGCUCACUGAAAGGGCUUGAAUACUUGGACAUGUCACAGAAUAACUUGUCCGGUUCAGUGCCUGAUUUCUUAUCAACAUUGCAGUAUUUGCAUUACCUGAACCUGUCCUACAACCAGUUUGAUGGACCAGUGCCGACAAUAGGAGUAUUCAAUGAUUCAAGAAACUUCUUUGCUGCUGGGAACAGAGUUUGUGGUGGUGUUUCAGAGUUGCAGCUGCCGAAAUGCUCUGGUACUGAUAACUCUGGUAAGAGGUUAUACAAAUCAAGAACUGUACUGAUCCUGAUUAUUACCAUAGGAUCUUUCUUGGCCCUAAUCCUCAUCACAUGCACGUUUGUGAUGUAUGCAAAGCGACUGAAUCAGCAGAUUGUGCAGAGUAAUGAGACAUCUCAUGCGCCAAAGUUCAUAGAGGAGCACUGGAAAUUGUCCUAUGCUGAACUGCACAGGUCUACUGAUGGGUUUUCUGUGGCUAAUCUCAUUGGUGUUGGAAGCUUUGGCUCAGUGUACAGAGGAACACUCGGUAAUGAAGGGCUGGAAGUCGCAAUAAAAGUACUGAACCUCCUACAGCAUGGUGCCGAGCGGAGUUUCCUAGCUGAAUGUGAGGCGCUGAGAAGUAUCCGACACCGCAAUCUAGUAAAGGUCAUCACAGCCUGUUCAACCAUGGAUCACAGUGGGAAUGAUUUUAAAGCUUUGGUGUAUGAGUUCAUGCCUAACAGAGACCUGGACAAAUGGCUUCAUCCAUUAAUUGGGGAUGUUGAGAGUUCCUCUCGGAUGCUAACCAUGGGUGAAAGAGUGAGCAUUGCCCUCGACGUUGCUGAGGCUCUUGACUAUCUCCACCACCAUGGCCAUGUCCCAAUUGUCCACUGUGAUCUGAAACCGAGCAAUGUCCUUCUCGACAACGACAUGGUUGCCCAUGUAGGAGACUUUGGUCUGUCACGUUUUGUUCAGGGAGCAAACAGCAACUCAUUCCAACACACUAGUAGUACAGCUGGAAUCAAGGGUACAAUUGGAUACAUUCCUCCAGAGUAUGGAAUGGGUGUUGAAAUUUCGGUGGAAGGCGAUGUCUACAGCUACGGGAUUCUCCUUCUCGAGAUGUUCACUGCGAAGCGGCCAACCGACCCUCUGUUUCAGGGAGGCCAAAGCAUCCGCAGCUAUGUUGCAGCAGCUUACCCUGGGAGAGUCAUGGAAGCCGCUGAUCCAAUGCUGGUUCAGCACGGCAAGAAUAAGAUGGAUGACAGAAGUUUAGAGGAGUGCAUGCUGUCAGUGUUCCGAGUCGCAUUGCGAUGCACGGAGGAAUCGCCGAGAGCAAGGCUGAUCACGAGAGAUGCCAUCAGAGAGCUAAUAGCUGUGAGGGAUGCUUGUAUUGCAAGAGAUUAGAGAAGGUAGCUACUAGCUAGGUGCAUGUACACCUGCUCAAAUUGUUGUACAACACAUUUACAUUGUCUUGGCUGCUAUGCUUUAGUAGGCAUGUCUGUUGAAUGAUGGAAGCAUAGCCUGAACAAAAGAGAGCAUAUGCAGCAGAAAUGAAUCAGAAUUCUUGAUCUGCACAAAUGUAGUGUGCACAAUUACGUUGUUCAGUUUGAGAGUGACCUUGUGUAGAAGUGUUGGCUUGCAAUCUAGUAAAGUAGAGCCCAUAAAGCCUUAA